CCGAACAACGCUGUGGGGAAUCGGAACAGGGCAGCGUUUCCGGGGGGUAUUGGCGGCAAUUCCCUUCGGCUUAGCUGCCUGCUUUUAAAGAUGCGUCGUCGGCCUUCCUCGUGACAGCAGCAGUGCAGCUCUGCGUGGUUUCCUCCCGCAUCAUCAUUCUUGGGCCGACUCUGUUGUAUCUUAUUUUCUUAUUUUUCCUCUUUCUAGGCAUCAAUUUCACUUUGUCCUCCAUCAUCAUCUUCUGCACAGCGACAGAAAGCUCCCGUUGCUCCCCUCUUGUUUACAAUGCCCUCCGUCGCCCUGCAGCUGCGAACAGCUGGCGCAUUCGCUCGCCAUGCUAGCAGACCAUCCGCCGUCUUCAACCGCGCCUUUUCCGUUACUGCCCGCCGCGCCGAGAUCAACAAGGUUCUCCCUUCGGCCGCCGAGGCCAUCAAGGACAUCAAGCCCAACUCUACCAUUCUAUGCGGUGGCUUCGGCCUCUGUGGCGUUCCCGACACGCUGAUUGACGAAGUCCUCAAGCGACCUGACAUCAAGGGCAUCACCGCCGUCUCCAACAAUGCCGGAACCGACAACUCGGGUCUCGGCAAGCUGCUAAAGACUAAGCAGGUCAAAAAGAUGGUUGCCAGUUACAUCGGCGAGAACAAGACUUUCGAGACCAUGUACUUGACCGGCGAGGUCGAGCUUGAGCUGACACCACAGGGUACUCUUGCUGAGCGCUGCGCCGCCGGCGGAAAGGGUAUCCCAGCUUUCUACACCCCCGCUGCCUAUGGCACUGUUGUCCAGACUGGCGCCAUCCCAGUUCGCAACAAGGCCGAUGGUACCCCUGACCAAUUUGGAUACCCCAAGGACGUCAAAGUCUUCAAUGGCAAGCCCUACCUUCUCGAACACAGCAUUGACGGCGACUACGCCUUCGUCAAAGCCUACAAGGCCGACAGACUCGGCAACUGCCAGUUCCGUCUGACUGCCAACAACUUCAACGGUGCCAUGGGCCGCAACGCCAAGGUCACCAUUGUCGAAGCCGAGCACAUCGUCGAGCCUGGAGAGAUUCCUCCUGAGGCUGUCCACCUCCCCGGCAUCUACGUUAAGCGUGUCAUCCAGAGCACUAGCGAGAAGGGCAUCGAAAAGUACACAUUCGCCAAGGACGAGAACGACCCCGAGGCCAAGGCAGCUCUCGGAAGCGGCGAGACCGCUGCUAAGCGCGAGCGCAUUGUUCGCAGAGCCGCCAAGGAAUUCAAGAACGGUAUGUAUGCCAACCUUGGUAUUGGUAUGCCCAUGCUGGCCCCUGGAUUUGUCGGUCCCGAGGUCGAAGUCCAGCUUCAGUCUGAGAACGGUAUCCUCGGUCUCGGCCCUUAUCCCAAGAAGGGCUCUGAGGACGCUGACUUGAUCAACGCCGGCAAGGAGACUGUCACGCUUCUGCCCGGCGCUGCCGUCUUUGGUAGCGAGGAAAGCUUCGGCAUGAUCCGCAGCGGCAGAAUCAACCUCACUAUCCUUGGUGCUAUGCAGGUUAGCGCUCUUGGCGAUCUUGCCAAUUGGAUGCUUCCUGGUAAGGUCAAGGGCUUUGGCGGUGCCAUGGAUCUUGUUAGCAACCCUGGUAGCACCAAGGUGGUUGUCACCAUGGAGCACACCGACAAAAAAGGCAACCCCAAGAUUGUCAAGCAGUGCGCAUUCCCUCUAACUGGCCCCGCCUGUGUCUCUCGCAUUAUUACAGAAUUGGGUGUUUUCGAUGUCGACCACUCCAAGGGUCUUACCCUUAUCGAGAUCGCCGACGGCGUCACUGUUGACGAGAUCAAGAGCAAGACUGAAGCUCCCUUCAAGGUUGCCGAUGACUUGAAGCCUAUGCUGUAAAAAUAAAAAUAUCUAAAACUAAAAAUGAAACAAUCAUGGGUUAUGUGGAGGAGAGAAACUGGGAAGACUUCUGCCACUGCAUGGCCGUGUAUGACAAGAUGACGAUCCUGUGGCGAAGCAUAGCAAGGCGUUUUUUUAUUGAAAUCAUUUAAAUUCAAGACAGAUAAACCAUAUACACCUAACAUAUGCGUAUACAAUAAUUUACUGCCGAGGCUUGUGAAAGU